GCGGCGCGGCGCGGAGCCGGAGUGGUGGGGAGCGCGGCCUGCCGAGCGGGUCGCUGCCGCCGCCGCCCCGUCAGCUGCCGCCGACCUGGCCUGGGAGUCCGCCCCUCCGCGGCGGCCGGCAGCACAGCGCUCCGCGGGCGGCAAGCGCGGCCCCUGGGCUCCCUCAGGGCGGUCGGCCGUGGGCCUCCCGGGGCUCGAGCCCGGCGGCGGCCGCCGCGAUGGCCCUCAAGAUGGUCAAGGGCAGCAUCGACCGCAUGUUCGACAAGAAUCUGCAGGACCUGGUGCGCGGCAUCCGCAACCACAAGGAGGACGAGGCAAAAUAUAUCUCUCAGUGCAUCGAUGAAAUCAAGCAGGAGCUGAAGCAGGACAAUAUCGCAGUGAAAGCCAACGCAGUCUGCAAGCUGACCUAUCUGCAGAUGCUGGGUUAUGAUAUCAGCUGGGCUGCCUUCAACAUCAUCGAAGUGAUGAGCGCCUCCAAGUUCACAUUCAAGCGAAUUGGCUACCUCGCGGCUUCCCAGUGCUUUCACGAAGGGACGGACGUCAUCAUGCUGACCACCAACCAGAUCCGCAAGGACCUGAGCAGCCCCAGCCAGUACGACACUGGCGUUGCGCUGACUGGCCUAUCCUGUUUUGUUACCCCAGAUCUUGCCAGAGACCUGGCCAACGACAUCAUGACACUGAUGUCACACACCAAGCCGUAUAUCCGGAAGAAGGCGGUGCUGAUCAUGUACAAGGUGUUCCUGAAGUACCCUGAGUCCCUGCGCCCUGCCUUCCCCCGCCUGAAGGAGAAGCUGGAGGAUCCCGACCCUGGAGUCCAGUCGGCAGCAGUCAACGUCAUCUGCGAGCUGGCCAGACGCAACCCCAAGAACUACCUUUCCCUUGCCCCACUCUUUUUCAAGCUCAUGACCUCUUCCACCAACAACUGGGUCCUCAUUAAGAUUAUCAAACUGUUUGGUGCUCUGACCCCCUUGGAGCCAAGGUUGGGCAAGAAGCUGAUCGAGCCUCUCACCAACCUGAUCCACAGCACGUCUGCCAUGUCCCUUCUUUACGAGUGUGUCAACACCGUCAUUGCAGUGCUCAUCUCCCUGUCAUCCGGCAUGCCCAACCACAGCGCCAGCAUCCAGCUCUGCGUUCAGAAAUUGAGGAUAUUGAUAGAAGACUCUGAUCAGAACUUGAAGUACCUGGGGCUCCUGGCCAUGUCCAAGAUCCUGAGGACGCACCCCAAGUCUGUGCAGGCACACAAGGAUCUCGUGCUGCAGUGCCUGGACGACAAGGAUGAGUCCAUCCGCCUGCGGGCCCUCGAUCUCCUGUACGGAAUGGUGUCCAAGAAGAACCUGAUGGAGAUUGUCAAGAAGCUGAUGACCCACGUGGACAAGGCCGAGGGCACGACCUACCGUGACGAGCUGCUCACCAAGAUCAUCGACAUCUGCAGCCAGUCCAACUAUCAGCACAUCACCAACUUCGAGUGGUACAUCAGUAUCCUCGUGGAACUGACGCGGCUGGAGGGCACCCGCCACGGCCACCUCAUUGCCGCACAGAUGCUGGAUGUGGCCAUCCGCGUGAAGGCCAUCCGCAGGUUCGCCGUGGCACAGAUGUCCGCGCUGCUUGACAGCGCGCACCUGGUGGCCAGUAGCCCGCAGCGCAGCGGCAUCUGCGAGGUGCUCUACGCGGCUGCCUGGAUUUGCGGGGAGUUCUCCGAACACCUGCAGGAGCCCCAGCAGACACUGGAGGCCAUGCUGCGGCCCAAGGUCACCACGCUGCCCGGACACAUCCAGGCGGUGUACGUGCAGAACGUGGUCAAGCUGUAUGCGGCCAUCUUGCAGCAAAAGGAGCAGGCGGCAGAUGUGUCCGCAGCCCAGGAGGUCACCCAGCUCCUGGUGGAGCGGCUGCCACAGUUCGUGCAGAGUGCGGACCUGGAGGUCCAGGAGCGGGCAUCCUGCAUCUUGCAGCUGGUCAAGCAUGUGCAGAAGCUUCAGGCCAAGGACGUGCCGGUGGCAGAGGAAGUGAGUGCCCUCUUUGCCGGGGAACUGAACCCGGUGGCUCCCAAGGCACAGAAGAAGGUUCCAGUCCCCGAAGGCCUGGACCUGGAUGCCUGGAUUAACGAGCCACUCUCGGACAGCGAGUCUGAGGAUGAGAAGCCCAAGGCCAUGUUCCAGGACGAGGAGCAGCGACACACCAAGCCACGGGCGCCCGAGGCAGAUGAGCAGGAGCUGGCCCGGCGCCGCGAGGCCCGCAGGCAAGAGCAGGCCAACAACCCGUUUUACAUCAAGAGUUCCCCGUCCCCCCAGAAGCGGUAUCAGGACGCGCCAGGCGUGGAGCACAUCCCCGUGGUGCAGAUCGACCUCUCGGUGCCCUUGAAGGUGCCAGGGAUGCCCCUAUCGGACCAGUACGUGAAGCUGGAGGAGGAGAGGCGGCACCGGCAACGGCUGGAGAAGGAUAAACGGAAGAAGAAGAAGCGGGAGCGCGAGCGCCGUGGCACGCGGCGUCACAGCUCGCUACACACGGAGAGUGACGAGGACAUCGCACCUGCCCAGCGCGUGGACAUUGUCACCGAGGAGAUGCCUGAGAACGCCCUGCCCAGUGACGAGGACGACAAAGAUCCCAAUGACCCUUACAGGGCCCUGGACAUCGACCUGGAUAAGCCCCUAGCUGAUAGUGAGAAGCUGCCCGUCCAGAAACACAGAAACGCUGAGACCUCCAAGUCCCCUGAGAAAGAGGAUGUCCCCCUCGUGGAGAAGAAGAGCAAGAAACCCAAGAAGAAGGAGAAGAAGCACAAGGAGAAGGAGCGAGAGAAGAAGAAGAAGGUGGAGAAGGGUGAGGACUUGGACUUCUGGCUGUCUACUACGCCACCUGCUGCCACACCAGCCCCGGAAGAGCUGGAGGUGAACACCACAGUCACUGUCCUGAAGGCGGGGCAGGAGGAGCCCCGGGGAGAGGAACAGGACGCCGAUGAGGACAGGGAGCAGGACCUGGAGAAGAAACCCUCCAAGCACAAGAAGAAGAAACACAAGAAAGACAAGGAGGAGCGGCCCAAGGACAAGAGGAAGUCCAAGAAGGUGCUGCCAACGGACGAGGAGGCUGCUGAGCCCGUGGAGAACGGCACACUGGAUGAGGAGCCCCUCCCGCCCAUGUCCAGCUAUACCCUUCUGGCUGAAAAUUCUUACAUCAAGAUGACGUACGACGUGCAGGGCAGCCUACAGAAGGACAGCCAGGUCACAGUCUCCGUGGUCCUGGAGAACCAGAGCGACAGCUUUCUCAAGAGCAUGGAGCUCAACGUGCUGGACUCACUCAAUGCCCGGCUGGCCCGGCCCGAGGGCUCCUCGGUCCACGACGGUGUCCCCGUGCCUUUCCAGCUGCCUCCUGGUAUUUCCAACGAGGCCCAAUUUGUGUUCACCAUUCAGAGCAUCGUCAUGGCCCAGAAGCUCAAGGGGACCCUGUCUUUCAUUGCCAAGAACGACGAAGGCUCCACCCAUGAGAAGCUUGACUUCAAACUGCACUUCACCUGCACCUCGUACCUGGUCACCACACCGUGCUACAGCGAUGCCUUUGCCAAGUUGCUGGAGUCUGGGGACCUGAACAUGAGCUCGAUCAAGGUGGAUGGCAUUAGUAUGUCCUUCCAUAACCUCUUGGCAAAGAUCUGUUUUCAUCACCGUUUUUCUGUUGUGGAGCGAGUGGACUCCUGCGCCUCCAUGUACAGCCGCUCCAUCCAGGGCCACCACGUCUGCCUCCUGGUGAAGAAGGGUGAAAAGUCGGUGUCAGUGGAUGGGAAGUGCAGCGACCCCACGCUGCUGAGCAACCUGCUGGAGGAAAUGAAGGAGACGCUGGCCACAUGCUGAGUGCCACCUGCCGCAGGAGGGCGGCCACGUGCUGCACACACUGGGUCCAGCCAGGAGUUGACCAAGUCUGCCAUCGUCCACUGUGUAGACCUCGCAGUUUACGUUACGUUGAUUUACCUUGUCAUCUUUUUUACUUUGCUUCUCUGUCCUCUCUGGCGAGCAGCAGCCCUUUCCAGUCCCCAAGCCAGCCAGGGCUCCUCUGGCUGGAGCGGACUGUGCCUGUGGCCACAGGGGCAGCCCGAGGGUGAGCGUGACCACUGUCGAGGCCAGGACCUGGCGGGGGCUGAAUGGGGACCGGACAAAGUGGCGCGUCUCACUUCUGUCAAGUCGUCCGAAUCCCACGAGUUCCCAGAUUCCUGCCCGCAGGCCCUGGGAGUGGAGGCCGGGCCAGCUGUUCGAGGGAGACAUUCCUCUUCACCCCACACCGAGGGUCACGUCCUCCCCAGGACACAUGAUGGGGCAGAGUCUUGCAGGCUGCCGUCCAUCACAUCCUGUUUGUUCCACCACCGUGUCCUGUGUAUCUGCUGAGGGGGGUGCCCGGCAGGGAUCCAGGGCCUUGGCCUCCGCACCCAGCUGGGUGCUGUGGUGAGUGGUGGAGAGCUACAGCUCUGGCUCCCCUGUCGUCACUGGAUGCUCUGCAGGUCUGUGUCUGCACCUGUGGAAGGCCCGGGCCUGGCCCUGUUUCCUUGCUGGGAAGCAUGUGGGUCCGGGGGUGGCUGGGCCCCUGAGAUGUGCAUCAGGGGCAGGAGGGACCCCAGCCCACCCCCGUGAGACUGAACUUUCCUCAAAGAUGAUGGUCCUCAAUGACAUUUUAACUUCUUUUGAUGAAAACUGUCACUUUAGCAUGUAGAGUAACCUAUUACAGAAUCCUGUGCAGUGAUUCUAGAAUCUCUAAAUUGUAUGAUGUGUUAUAUAAGAAUUUAUUUGCUAUCGACAUUCCCGUGUAAAGGAGAGACAUAUCAUGCUGCUGUAAUGAUUUUGUGUCAAGAUGAUCCAAUAAACUUGCGAAACAGGCGUUUA